UUUUCAUUUUGGGGGGAACUAUGUAGUGAAGCAACCUUGAACUGAAAGGCAGUUAAUAGUAAACCUUUACUUUUCCCAUAAAGGUGUCCAGGGCGUGUACUGUAAAUACUGACAGAAAAAAAAGGCAUCUUUAAAAAGAUGAGACUUGUGGUGGCAGGAGCAGAAAACACUUGAUGAAUGUGGCAGUACCUGCUUUUACAUCUCUCUAUCCUGACAGCUGAAGAAACAGCAGUCUGAACCAGUCCAGAACAUAAGUAUGAAGUUUAUCACAGCUUUCAGUGUUGCUGGAGUUAUACUUCUCAGCAUAGCAGGUUCUCUCUGCCAGUUAGAUGUGUGUGGUCGAGCCUCUCUCAGUGUCAGGAUUGUUGGAGGGAAUAAUGCGAUGGAAGGAGCCUGGCCGUGGCAAGUCAGGAUUCGUGUCCGAAGCGUUUUGUGUGGUGGGACUCUGAUCACUAAAGACUGGGUUUUAUCUGCAGCUAAGUGCUUCAAGGAGUCUAGUGAUGUCAGUGAUCCUAACACUGUGAUGUACUUCGGGCGUCUGAAACAAUCCGGCUCAAACCCUCAUGAGAUAAUCAGGACAGCAAGUCGAAUCAUCACCCAUCCUAACUAUGACAGUUCUACUUUUGACAAUGACAUAGCACUGGUCCAGCUCAACUCUUCUGUAACCUUCUCUGAUUACAUUAAGCCGGUCUGUCUGGCAGCAGCUGGUAGUGUAUUUUCUGCAGAUACAGAGAGUUGGGUCACUGGAUGGGGCUUGCUACAGUUUGAAGGCCAGUAUCCUGAUACACUGCAGGAGGUCAUGAUACCCAUUGUGAACAACAGUGACUGUGAUAAAGCUUAUAAAGGGGGCAUCACAAGCAAUAUGAUUUGUGCUGGACUGUUAAAUCAGGGAGGAAAGGAUUCAUGUCAGGUAAGACAUCAGUCAUUCAUUCAUUCUCACAAAUUCUGGUCAUCUGCAAACUUUACUCUACCAACCUGCCACCGCCGAUCAUGAGCUUGUACACGAUGACUGAUUUUUGAUACUACAGCUGUUCUGCAGAGGAGAGCACAGAGUUGCAGUGCAGUCUAUAUGCACAACUAUACGUGAUAUUUGGGCU